AUGAACAACCUUCUGACCAUUAAAAAUGAACUUCACUCUUCUUUAAACAACAAACAAAACCUGGGAAUGAUCAGCUUUGAUAUAGUCAAAGCAUAUGACACGGCGUGGAGACCCAGAAUAUUAAAUAAACUCAACAAAAUUAUUGCCAAAGGAUACAUGCUAGAUUUCAUUUCGAAUUUCCUCAACCACCGCACCUUUCAAGUAAAAACCUCUAACACGCUUUCAGACAUCUUUCUCCAAGAAAGUGGGGUGCCACAGGGGUCCACUAUCUCUGUAACUCUCUUCCUGAUCGCUAUCAAUGAUAUAACUGAAGGAAUUUCACGCCCAAACAUACCUCUACUAUUCGCAGACGACUUCACUAUUCUUUGCCGCAGUACAAACGUUAAUUCUAUUCAAUCGAUACUUCAAGAUUCCACUAACAAACUCACGUCCUGGUCGAAAACUUCCGGCUUCCGAUUUUCUCCAGAAAAAACUAACCUUAUAGUUUUCAGCCAUAAGAGGAAUAAGAAGAAAAUACACAUUAACAUCGGAAACCAAGUCGUAGAAAACCAACCUAAUGUUAAAAUACUGGGCAUCACUUUUGAUCAUAAAGCUUCAUGGAUCCCUCAUAUUCUCAACCUAAAGAACACUACUGUACCAAGACUCAACAUCAUAAAAACUCUAGGUCAUACUUCAUGGGGAGCCAAAUCUCAAACCCUUCUUAAGAUACACAAAGCAUUCAUACUAUCGAAACUUGAUUACGGCGCUCCAAUAUUCUCAUCAGCGAAACACACUAAACUUAAAAUACUGGAGACUAUCCAUAACUCGGGAAUCCGACUCUCCAUUGGCGCCUUCCGCUCUAGCCCCAUCAAAAGCAUAUUAAAUAUUGCUGGAAUUCCUUCCCUAGAAGUACGGUGGAGAGAACAAACCCACAAAUUAGCAGCAAGAAUAUCAAGAUCCCCCAAAAUCAAAUUCAUCACCCUAAACAUACAUUUAAUCACACAUACAUAA